UUAUUGGCCAUUCUCAAAACUGCCAACUAGAAGACUUGUCUAAAUGAAUUCAUCAUUAUAUCUUCUGUCAGGAAUACUAGAUUCAAACUCUCAGCUAUUGAAUUGUGGCUUCAUAAUUUACACAUAAUGUCUGUAAAAACAGUAUGUGCUCCACCACUGAAAUGAAAAGGCAAAACCAAAGCUCUGUGGUUGAGUUCAUCCUCUUGGGCUUUUCUGACUUUCCUGAACUCCAGGGGCAGCUCUUUGGGGUGUUCCUGGUUGUUUACUUGGUGACCCUGAUGGGAAAUGCCAUCAUUAUAGUCGUCAUCUCCCUGGAACAGAGCCUCCACGUUCCCAUGUACUUGUUUCUCCUGAACUUGUCUGUGGUUGAUGUCAGUUUCAGUGCAGUCAUUAUGCCUGAAAUGCUGGUGGUCCUCGCCACUGAAAAAACUUCAAUUUCAUUUGUGAGCUGUUUUGCACAGAUGUAUUUUGUUCUUUUUUUUGGUGGGACUGAAUGUUUUCUCCUGGGGGCAAUGGCUUAUGACCGAUUUGCUGCAAUCUGCUGUCCUCUGAGCUACCCAGUGAUUAUGAACAAAAAGGUUUUCAUGAAAUUAGUGAUAUUCUCAUGGGUCUCAGGGAUCAUGGUGGCUACUAUGCAGACCUCGUGGGUUUUUAGUUUUCCCUUUUGUGGCCCCAAUGAAAUUAAUCAUCUCUUCUGUGAGACUCCCCCAGUGCUAGAGCUUGCAUGUGCAGACACCUUUAUGUUUGAAAUCUACGCAUUCACUGGCACCAUUUUGAUCAUUAUGGUUCCUUUCCUGUUGAUACUCUUGUCUUACACUCGAAUCCUCUUUGCCAUCCUGAAGAUGCCAUCGACAACCGGAAGGCAAAAAGCCUUUUCCACCUGUGCCUCCCAUCUCACCUCUGUCACCCUCUUCUAUGGCACGGCCAGUAUGACUUACUUACAACCCAAAUCUGGCUACUCCCCAGAAACCAAGAAGCUGAUGUCUUUGGCUUACACGUUGCUCACACCUCUGCUGAAUCCACUGAUCUACAGUUUGCGAAACAGUGAGAUGAAAAGAGCUUUGGUGAAAUUAUGGCGAAGAAAAGUGGAUUUACACACACUCUGGCUGUGCUGAGAAGCCGUGUGAUAUUUGGUCACUGCUCAGUGGAACUCUGUUUGAAUUUUACAAAUGGCCAAAUAAUCUGCAUUUCUUGGUAUGAACAUGUUUAAUUUGUUGAGUUUUCCAAAUUCAACAAUAUAUUAGGGAUCCCUUUCUUUUGAUAAUGUAUUGUUGUCAUUCAUUUUUCAUAGAUAAUAUGUUUUCAUGACAUAUAAUACAACAGUUUAUCUGUUUCUCUACUAUAAUUAUCCAAGUUGUUACUGAAUUAUUGUCAUUAAGAUUAAGCUUCAAUAAACAUCUAGUUCCAUAUGUUCGUAUGUGCUGACAUUUUAUCCCUGUGUGAUAGAUUCCUCAAAGUGGGUCUGAUGGGAUGAAGAGUAUGUAUGCUUAUAGAUUUUAAUAGCUGUUGCAGAAUUACUUUUCAAAAUCAUUGUAACUUUUCAAGGGGGGAGGGCAUAGCUC